AUGUCUGAAAGUUCAUUUUUGUCGUAUCUGAAAAAGCAAAAUCCCGAUUUGAUUAGUGAAUUCUCGUUUACAAAGCUUAUUCGUUUCUGGCCAACACGCUCUAACCGAGAUAUCUUUCAAGCUGAUCUCGAGGUCGAUAGCGCAACAUAUAAUUUGCUUUUAAAGUCUGGUCAUGUUCUUGUUGGGCUUAAUCCAUGCUCAGUGUACGAUGCGAUUACAGUGCCGCGCUGCUACAACUGUAAUGGCUACUUCCAUACUAAAAAGCAGUGCAAAAGUCCGGUCAGUUGCCCUUUGUGUGCUGAUAAGCACACCAUUAACGAUUGUUCGCUUUACAAAAGUAAAUCCGAAUCUUCUGACAAGAAACGCUGCAUUAAUUGCCAAUCCUUGCGGAAUCGCCGUGAGAACUUAAACAUAAACCAUGCUGUUUGGGAUUACAAUGACUGCGAAUCUUACAAGAUGGCAAACAGGCUCAAAGAACAAGGACCGGCAUUACCAACUAAUAAAAGUUCGUUACUAAAUAAUAAUGAAUAUUCUAGUAUUUCAGAAAUUAACUUUUACAACUCAUCGUCAGAGACUCUGAAUGUUUGUCAUCAAAAUGUUCGGGGUAUUAGAUCCAAUAAAAUCAUAAGUACUCUUACAUCACAAUCAUGUAUGACCUCCCUUCCACCUACUAAUACUUCUCAUUUAUCUAGCAGCGGAGCUACUCAGGUUCAAAGAUCCACCUCCAAUAAUAAGUUUAGUUUCUCUAUUUAUUACCAGAAUGUGAGAGGUCUUCGUACUAAAACACAUGAAUUACUUAAUCAAACAUCUGAUGCCGGUUUUGAUAUAAUAGCUUUUACCGAGACAUGGCUUUCUGCAGAUGUAUGUAAUAGUGAGUUAUUUGAAAACCAUUUGUUCAAUGUCUACCGUGCUGACAGAGAUCCACUUACUACUGGUCUUAGUAGGGGCGGCGGAGUGCUACUGGCCAUUGCAAGUGAUCACAAAGUUGAUCUUCUCAGUCUUCAUUGGAAGAAUUUUUGCUUUAUUGAUAUAGUUGGAGUGAAGAUAUCUUGUAAGCAUAAAUCAUUAUAUGUGUUUUGCAUUUAUAUUUCACAAAAGACACCAAUUCUCGAGUUUGAAGAGUUUUUUAACAGUCUUGCUGAAUAUGUGAUAGACCUUGGUCACAUCAUAAUUCUAGGCGACUUCAACUUAUAUUCAUUCAAGUCUAGCAUUAGUGCAUACAAUGAUUUUUUAUCUUUUACAAACCUGGAUCAAUGCAACUCUAUCCCUAAUAACAUCAAUCGCAGUCUGGAUGUGGUUAUUCAUGAUAUUGAGCUCACUACAUGUGAGGUAAAGCGUGAUUUUAACAAUAUUCUGGAAGAAGACCCCUAUCAUCCAUCCUUAGCUAUUUCAUUGGAAAUGAAACAUUUCAAACUCUUCAAAACUCAACUAUCUGAUGACGUUAAACAAUAUAACUUUGGUCGAGCUAACUUUACCGCUCUAUAUGAAGCGCUUCAGAAUGUUGAUUGGUCCUUUCUUCGACAACAGACUAAUAUGAACGUAGCCUGUGCUUUCUUUUAUUCUAAACUGUAUGAAGUUUUGGAUAAGUUUGUCCCUAAAAUGAAAAAAUGUAAAAGAAAAUACCCUGUGUGGUUCUCGCCUGAAUUAAAGAAAAUGCUAUUAAGUAAAAAUCGUCUCUUUAUGCGAUACAAAAUAAAUAAAUCCCAAUUUUUUUACACCAAGUUUACUGAAAUACGCAAACAAAGUAAGACAAAGCAAAGAUUAGAUUAUCAAGCCUAUUUAGAUAAAAUUAAGGACAACCUGAAGGGAGAUCCUAAACAGUUUUGGUCUUUUAUUCGUGGCAAAAGAGAUGGCAAUUGUAUGCCUCAAUCAAUGACCUACCUCGACAGGCGUCUUGAAACACAGCAAGAAAUUGCUGCAGGAUUUGCUGAGUACUUCUCCAGUGUAUUUAAUUCCCCAGAUGAUAGACAUUCUGAAACAACAGUUCGAGAGGUGUCAUGCUGUGCUGUAACGUCGGUCACGAUUGAUGAGAUAAUUGGUGCUGGUAGAAGACUUAAGGGGAACAGGUGUGCUGGUUGUGAUGCUAUACCGGAAUUUUUAAUUAAGGAUUGCAUCUACGUAAUGGCGGAACCUCUACACUUUAUCUUUAAUCUUUCUCUGGAUACAACAACUUUUCCGGAAGUGUGGAAGGAAGCAAGAGUGGUACCGAUCUUUAAGGAUGGUGAUCGCAAUAACAUCUCUAAAUAUAGACCCAUUUCAAUUCUGCCUAAUUUUUCUAAAAUAUUUGAAUACAUUUUACACCGUCGUUUGAGCAUGUCACUUAGAUCGCAGAUUACUGAACAUCAACAUGGUUUUAUACCCGGUCGCUCUACUCUAACAAACUUAGCACAGUUUUCUGAAUUCUUGUCACAAUCAUUGGAUUCGCGAAACCAAGUGGAUGUCGUUUAUCUUGACCUGAGCAAAGCAUUUGACAAGGUAUUGCAUACAAGACUUUUGUCCAAGUUGGAGUGUUUUGGUAUAUCUACACCUUUGCUAAAACUGUUUAGUUCGUAUUUAGCAGACCGUCCUCUGCGUGUUGUUAUUGAUGGUUAUGCUUCUGAAUCCUACUUUCAAAGAUCUGGCGUACCUCAGGGUUCCACCCUCGGGCCACUCUUAUUCGUACUUUUCAUUAAUGAUCUUCCUGAAAUGGUUUCCCAAUCGUUUAUAUCACUAUUUGCGGAUGAUGCCAAGGUGGCAAAAACGAUUAACACUAUUGAUGACUGUCUUGCUCUACAGGAUGACUUACGUAAAAUUGACUUAUGGUGUGAACAAAAUGGUCUGGAGUUGAAUCCUUCCAAGUGUUCAAUAGUGUCCUACUCUAGAAAGAAGUCUAAGAUCCAGUUCAACUAUCAGGUCUGUAAUUUUCCUGUCAAAAGAUCUUCGAUGGUAAGAGACUUAGGCAUUCUGUAUGAUGACAAACUCUCGUUUUCAAGUCACAUUACAGAAAUAACAUCUUCAUCCUAUAAAUUAUUGGGGUUCGUAAUAAGAAAUGCCAAGCCAUUUAAAGAUGUGAGAGUGCUUAAACUUCUAUAUUUUUGUUUAGUCAGAUCUAAACUGGAAUACUGCUCCUUGGCAUGGUAUCCAAUAUACACUUACCAGUCUCUGGCGUUGGAGAAGGUCCAGCGAAGAUUUCUCAAGUUUUUGUUUUUUGUUGAAACUGGAACUUAUCCUGAGAGAGGUGUUGUUGAGUCAAGUUUGUUAAAUCGUUUUGAGCUAAGUUCUUUGAAACAGAGGAGAGAUAUUGCUUCUAUUAAAUUUGUCUAUAAUCUUGUUCAUAACCGUAUAGAUUGUAUAGGACUCACGCAACAACUGUGUUUCUUAGUUCCUCGAUUUAAUUCACGGCAUCAGGAGGUUUUUAAAACUCGUCGUUGUAUGACCAAUCUUGGGAGAAAGUGUCCACUUUUGGCUAGCAUUUGUGCUACUGCUUCUACCAUUUUGUGUUAG